AUGACUAAUCCCCUCAGCUGGAUCGAGAUGGCAAUCCAGAUCCUGAACAUUUGUCCGGGGUUCGUCGUGGAGCAAGCUCUCAUCGACAGCGCUGGUCUCGACAAGGAAAACGGCGUGGUUUCAUCCAACAUCUCAGAGACGGCUGUUCGGCACGCUGCCAAGUUUGUCCGGAGUCGAACGCUUGGCGCGGUCUUGGCGUCAGCUGCAGGAUCAACUUUACAUCAAUCAUGA